UGGGGGGCUCAGAGCAUCCCCAGCCAGCCCUGCUGCCAGUGAGUGAUGGUCAUCGAUCCUGAAGGCCUGGACGUCAGGUAGCCCAUGGCGGGCAGAGUCCUCCAGUCAAGCCUCAGCCAGUCCAAGAUACUGGAGCUAUGGAGGGACACCAGUGCUCUGAUGGGAGCCUUUGAGGCGGGGGGUGUGGCCGCAGUGGCCGCCAGGCUGCAGGCCACACUUCACUCGCUGGAGAAUGCCAGGCUGGACAUUGGCAUCACUGGGGGCACAGGCUCCGGCAAGUCGACCUUUGUCAAUGCCAUCAGGGGGCUGGGGGACGAGGACCCCAACUCAGCCUGCACGGGCGUGGUGGAAAUGACGGUGGACCCCACGCCAUACCCACACCCUAAGUACCCCAACAUCGUCAUCUGGGACCUGCCGGGCAUAGGCACGUCCCGCUUCCGGACUGGUAGAUAUCUCCAGCGGGUGCUGCUGGAACGUUACGACUUCUUCAUCAUCAUCACCUCAGACAGCUUCACCGCCCACCAUGCCCAGCUGGCCUGCGAGAUCCUGCAGCGGGGCAAACGCUUCUACCUCGUCCGCUCCAAGGUGGACGUGGACAUUGCCGCCUCGCGGAGCCGGCGCCCCAGCACCUUCUCCGAGGAGAGAGUGCUCCGCCAGAUCCGGGAAGACUGUGGGCGGCGGCUGAGGGCGGAGGGCCUGAAGGACCCCAAGGUCUUCCUGCUCUCCAUGUUUGAGUUGGGCAAGUACGACUUCCACCUGCUGGAGGAGCUGAUGGUGAAGGAACUGGAGAGUCACAAGCAGCACGCGUUUCUGCUGGCCGUGCCCAACGUCUCGAAGCCCAUCCUAGAGAAGAAGGCAGCCUCGCUGCGGCAGCAUAUCUGGCUGGUGGCCACGGUGGCCUGUGGCGUCAACCCGAGCCCCGUGCCAGGCGUACGGGAGGUGGCAUGUGACCUGUAUGUGCUCAUCAGCUCCCUGGAGGGCUACCGCCGCAGCCUCGGCCUCGACGAGGACUCCCUCGUCAGGCUGGCUGAGCAGAGAGGCCAGCCCCUGCACAAGAUCCUGGAGGCGGUACAGGGCUGGAAGACCAAGGUCACUGAGGCACUGGUGGUGGAACUACUGGGCCAGGCCUCCAGGGACGCCUCUGCUUUCACCCAGGAGCUCCUCGGCGUGCCCAUCCUAGGCGCCCUGGCGACCUGCGGCAUCAGCUUCGCCACCAUCUACCAGAUGCUCCGCACAGCUCUAGACGAGGUGGUCAAGGAUGCCCAGAGAGUGCUGACCCAGGCCUUCCUCGACGACUCUGACCAUGAGCUCCCAGAUAAAUGCAAUCAAUAAUCCCAGCCCUGAGCUUAGGCCAGCUGGAGGUGGCAGUGUAAGAGUGGGAGGACACAGGUUCCAUCUGUCCCCAGGCUGGAUGGUGUUGAGGAAUGGAAAGAAACUCAAGCUCCAACCCUC